CACAGUGGGUGGAAGGGAGGGGAAAGGGGGGACUUUGCUUAGGGGACACGGGGCUUCUGUUAAGGGUGAUGGGAAAAUUUGAGAACAGGUAGUGGUGGUGGUUGGAUGACAUGGUAAGCAUAAUUAAUGUCACAGAAUUGCACAUGUGAAGAAUGCUGAAAUGGCAAAUGUUUUGUUACAUGUUUAUUUAUUGCAAUUUUUAAAAAACUCGGCAUAAUAGUAAUACCUAUGUCAUGGAGUUGUUCUGGGAAUGGAGUCAGAGCACUUGGAGCACUUGGUACACUGCCAGAUACGGAAUAAUCUCAGUGUUAGUUGCUGUUAUUCAUAACAUUGCAACCAGCGAGCUUGAAAGACACUUGCUGGCCUUAUCACAGAGAUCAGAAAAAUCGAGAAAGAGGUAUAGAAGGAAUAACACAGUGGGUUAAACAUUUUAUAUAAAACAUUUUACGUGCAUCGAUUCCUUUACAGGUGAAAAGACUUGCUGUCCACCCCCGCCCCUUUCACUCCAGACUGUUUACAGUUGUGUGCAUAUUGUACCCAGAGGGGAUUGGGAAGUUAUCCAGGGAAUGUGCUUUGUAUAGACCCCAAAGGGAAGGAAGGUCGGGGGACUUUCCAUCUUGGCAGAAGAGGAGCUUGGGAUGGAGGGUCGGAAGGAGGUCAUUGGGGGCCGACACUGCUUUACUCCUUGCUGUCUGUAGGAGAGAAUUCUGCAGGAGGCACAACAGGGCGAUGGUUGAAAAGGCCAGCCUCAAGCAGCAGACUGCCUGGCACUGAAGCCUGCUAGCCAUUUCUCACUUAGCCUCAUCUGUAAAAUGGGGCACUGACGGCAUCCGCCUGACUGAGCUGUGAUGAGGAUUCAAGGAGCAAGGACCUGCAGAGUUACACCCUACAACGUGAAGGAAACCCCCCUUGCAAACGCAGCCUUCUGGGCAGCCAGGAGAGGAAACGUGGCGCUCCUGAAGCUAUUGUUGAACAGCGGCCGGGUGGACGUGGACUGCAGAGACAGUCACGGCACUACGCUCCUCAUGGUCGCCUCCUAUGCUGGUCACCUGAACUGUGUGCGGGAGCUGGUUCUACAGGGAGCAGACAUCAAUCUCCAGAGAGAGUCAGGUACAACUGCCCUGUUCUUUGCUGCCCAGCAAGGCCAUAACGACAUCGUGCGAUUUCUCUUUGAAUUUGGAGCAUCCACUGAAUUUAGAACCAAAGAGGGGGGCACCGCCCUGCUGGCUGCCAGUCAGUAUGGACACACGCGAGUGGUGGAGACGCUCCUGAAGCAUGGAGCCAACAUCCAUGACCAACUUUAUGAUGGAGCCACUGCACUCUUCCUGGCUGCCCAAGGUGGUUACUUGGAUGUCAUUCGAUUACUCUUGUCUUCAGGAGCAAAAGUCAACCAGCCAAGGCAGGACGGGACAGCGCCGUUGUGGAUCGCGUCACAGAUGGGCCACAGCGAGGUGGUGAGGGUGAUGCUGCUGCGUGGAGCCGAGCGGGACGCUGCCCGGAACGAUGGCACAACAGCGUUACUGAAAGCAGCCAACAAAGGGUACAGUGAUGUUAUAGAGGAGUUGCUUAAAUUCUCACCCACCCUUGGUAUUUUGAAGAAUGGGACUUCAGCACUCCAUGCAGCAGUGCUCAGUGGUAAUAUCAAAACAGUAGCUCUGCUCCUGGAAGCAGGGGCGGACCCAGCUCUAAGAAACAAGGCCAAUGAACUUCCAGCAGAACUAACCACAAAUGAACGAAUAUUGCGUCUGCUCCGAAGUAAAGAACCUCACAGGAAGAGCUAACUUAAUUCCAUCUUUGAUGGAAAGAUAGAAACUUUAACCACAUUGUCCAAAAAGAAAUUGAUUUUCAGAUAUUGCCAGGAAUUCUUUUAAGAAAGAAAAUGCUCAGAAUGGCCAGCCUGUGGGCCCUGAUAGAGAAGAACUGUGCUUUGUGCAUUGAGUUGAGAACAAAAUGGCUCUGGGCCCCUUCCCCUCACUUGACCGUGGGCUUCUCACACUGGCAAGUAACUCAGGUCCAGUGGGGCCUGGCACACUCAUGGAUUUCACAGAAGCUCAUUUUCACUACGCUGACUUGGGUCUCUCAGUUAAACUAAGAUAGACAAGGUUUUCAGCACUGGGCAAGGAGACAGGAAACUUUGUUCUUGUAGAGGACUGAAAGUCUGACCUUCAGUACAGAAAUUGAUCCACUUUUGCUUUUGUGUUAAGUGUAGGUGUGUAAAAAUAUAUAGAUCUGUCAUAUUAUUUAUAUCUAUGUCAUUCCAGUGUAAAAGGUUUUCUUCUACCCAAGGAUCAUAGCUACAACUAUCAUGGAUCUAUGUGUAAACAUACAUUGUUAAAAAGCCACUGCUGACGUUCCACCAUGUGAUUUUCAAAGAUGGGCUAUCAGACUAUAAAAAAGACAAGUUGUAUAUUUGCUAGUUGUUCCUCAUCUUAUUCCUGACAUUUAAAAAUCAUUUUUACUUAGAGUCAACAUUGUAGGUAUGUUAGGAUGCAAGUGGCAGAUGUAGAAAUUCAGAAAAUUACAAGCCACAAAUUUAGGUUUGUCUCCUUGAGCACUGAGUUUGGAUCUACUGUUUGGAAAUCUGUUUCCCAUGCCAUAUGUAAGUAGACUUAAUAUGCUGAGGAACCUUAAGCUUCAACGCCAUGUUGCUUGAUGCAGUGACUUUGACGUCCUGGGAUAAAAUGUGAUAUAUGCAGGUAUAGUGUGUUGCUGUCUUUAUUGCCAGAGUCUAAGUAAUGAAAGUGUUACCUAGCUUUUAAUAAGUGUCCAUCUAUGCAUGUUUCUAGACUGAUUGAUUCCAGGAAAGAUGCCUGGAUUUUAUUGAAUUAUUCUUUUGUGGGGGUCAAAAUUUAUAUUCAAUGCACUUUAUAAUCACGGGUGUCUAAAUGCCUCCCUCAGUGCCUGACUGCACACACAAAAGUUAAACCUCCUGUCUGUAACCUCCCUACCGUAGUAAACGCUGGCGGUGGUUCUGUCGUUAACGUGUCUUCGGUUUUCUUGUUCGUGUUCUGCUCUGGUUUCCAGCCAGUGUUCUAUGUAAACACAUGUUGGGAUAGAGGGAAAUGUUGUGAUCUCAGAUGUUUUUAAAAACAGUUUACAGAUGUACUGAAAGCAUAAUCUCUAAGUCAGUAAAUGAUAGAGUAUAAUUUUUGAAAUUAGAAAAUAUUCUUUAAAAUAUUUGUUAUGAUCAAUCGAACAAAAUCGGCCUGUUUUGAUCUAUAUCACAAGCAAGUGUCUUUUGCCCAAGAACUUGGUGUAUUUAGGAUAAUAUAUAAAUCAGUAAUGAGCACCUCAUUGCCCCAGAGGCGCCUAUAGUCUGACUAGCUAUGCAUAAAGCCUGCAUUCUAAUUUCAGGGUAAACAAUUAGAAAUUCUGUCUGUGUUGCUAACACACCCAGAUAGAAAUAUUUUGGUAGCUAAAAAUAGUGUCACUUUCCUCACAGACAUCCUUUCACUCAACAAAAUUGUACAAAUACACAUCCCCCCCACCAUGGGAGUUCAGAAAGCUAUAUUCAUUUGAAGAGGAAAGUAAGGUAGCCUUAAAUGCUUAUUUUUUUUUCCCUUAGUUGACCCUCAUGCCAAAAAUUAUUGCUCAUCUCUGAUAAAAAUCAAAACAGCACUGUGGGUACUGAAAACAAAGUUCCACAAGAUAAGUGGGAUGAAUCACAAAUCUAAUGCUUUCCGUAAAACAUGUCCUUGGCCUAUUCCUUAGAUUGUUUUGGGUGGAUAAUGUUCUCAAACAAUAUUAGGGCCACAAAAAUAAAUCCAGUAGCUUUAACAACAUUUAAUGGAAGCCCUCUUACUGUAGGUAAGAGGUGUCUGGCUUAGAAGAAUCACAUUUAAUCUAGAUGAAAUUAGGAUAUUAUCCAUAGCAGGGAAGAUGAUUAUAUUAAUCGCCCACCAAAGACUGAACAAAAGUUCUCUUAUUUAAAGUUAAAUUGCAUUUUAGUUUGCACACAAGUAGACGAUUCUUACUUUAUGUUAUAAUCUAAUUCACAAUUCUGUUAGCUCUGCAUCCUGAGAUUUAAAGCUAGAAGUUCCUAUGCAAACCACCUAUUUCAUUGAACUACAAAAGGUUUUCAUCACUUCAUUUGUUUGUUGACAUACUCCACGCUGUAAUUCAAAAUAAA